AUGGGUCCAUGUCUCUGUGUGUCUCUGUCUCUGUGUGUCUCUGUCUCUGUGCGUGUCCAGAUCCAGCAGGGCAUCGUUGUGUACGUGUGUUUCUUCCACGGAGCCUCGGAGGCCGUCACGUUCGACAUCGCCAAGAAGCUGAUGACCACCAAGUUCUUCCGGAGGGACCGGCACAUCGUGUCGGUGUUGGACCUGCCAGGCAGCGUGCUGCUGAUCCCGCAGGACUCCCUGGUGGGGCAGCCGCUGCCCAACAGGAGGAUGGCGUUCCGGGGGGGGUGCGAGAUGUGGCUGGGGGCCCAGCUCUUCUCCCGCCUGGUGUCGGCCUGCAGGGAGCUCCUGAACGGGUCGCCCAAGAGCGCGCAGGCCGGUACCACGGUGGAGUACGGCGUGUACGGACAGAAGCAGGAGAUCGUCCUGAACUCCCCGGAGCCUCUGUCCCUGCUGCUGGACUUCUGAUCCAACACGCGGUUCUGUGGCCACGGGGCGGUUCUGGACCGAGCAGACCUGGAUGGAUUCUCAAGUCGUGGUCUCUCGAUGUGGUUCUGUUGGCACCGGAACCCGGCAGCACCAAGUACCGCUUCUGCUGCUACACAGGAGGAGCUGGGUUUUCACUGAGCAGAACCUGGACCCAGUAGGGACGACGAGAGGGGAUCAGGUCUUGAAACCAGAUCAGGAGGUUCUGGUUCUGUUCGUGAUGACUGGACUCUGGAGGA